AUGGCUUCCUCUAAGUCUUUACAAAGAGAACAAAUUCCAGUGGGUUGUGAACUUUGUGAUGGUGGGAAUAAAAUCAAAUUUAAAUGUUUGGACUGUCAACUUUUAAUGUGCGGCCGAUGCAAGGAUAAAGUCCACGCUAGAUUUAAAAAUGCAACUGAACAUAAGAUUAGAGACAUUAAAGAGCUGGUUCAGGAAGAAGAAGUGGACACAUUUAACUUUAGUGAUGUAAAAUGUGUAGAACAUCCAGACCAGGCUUGCUGUGUAUAUUGUCAAACUUGUAAGAAAGUCAUCUGUUUAAAAUGUGUAACCAAAAUCCACAAUGGACACACCUUUAUUGACGAAGAAGAGCUUAAUGAUAAAAAGACGAUAACUAGAAGUGGACAGAAGAAAGCAGAUGAAAGUAUAAAAAUUUUGACCAGUACUUUAGACAAAGUACAGGACAUAAAAGAUCAGGAAGAUGCUAAAUUUAGAAAAAUCAAGCAAGAUAUCUUUAGUCACAGGGAUGCUUUUAAAAGUGAAGUUGAUAAGCAUGCUGAUAAUCUUGUAAAAGAUCUGGAGCAGACAUGGGAAUUAAAUAGCCAGGAAAUCGGGACAGAGUAUAGCCAUAUUAAAGAGACCUUAGAAAACUUGCAGAGCAAGAGUAACACUGUAAAAAGAUCGACAACUUCAAAAGAUUUUGUUAAAUUCUUUGAUGAUUUUGAUAAAUUUGCUGUUUCAUUUUGUGGAGAUGCACCACAAGAAAACCUUGACUUUUCAUUAUUGGGGAGAUUCUUACCAGACAAAAUGGUGAAUUUUGGAUCAAUCGAAAAUACAAAAAACUUGGAUAUUCAACAACCUAAAAUUGAUUUUAAAAUUGUGAAACAAUUCACCAUACAAUUAAGAAAUGUUCAUCAUAUUUGCAGAUGUUCUGAUGGUACUAUGUGGAUAUAUGAUGCUUCUCAAGAAAAGUUACACCACAUAAGAUUUAAAAAAAACAAUAUUAAGAUUAUGUCAGAGUUGCACAUUUCUAUUUGUGACAUGGCAGUCAUGAAUGCAUGCAACCACCUGCUUUUGGCAUUUAUAGGUAAAACAAGUCUGAACAUAUUGUUUAGUAAAUGGACUGGCAAACAGAUCAUGAAUUCCAAUUAUGAUGUGAAAUCAUAUACAUCACAAAGUGAACCAGAAUGCCUUCAUAUAACCAAAGAUAACAGAGUUAUAGUAGGUGUUGGAGGGGGAGGCACAAAGGCUGCUGUGGUAGUAAUGGGCCAGGAUGGUAGAUGCCAGGCAAAAUAUGAAGAAGACAGCAACAAAGAAUCAUUAUUUACAUGGCCUAGAUUAAUUACAAGCACCAACAAUGGCAAUAUCUGUGUUGUGGAUGAAAAAGAUUUGGAUUAUAGAGUCUUGGUAUUAGGAAAAGAAGGAGAAAUCAAACAGGUGUACACUGGUCAACCCACAAUUAACACGGAAGAAAAACCAUUUAAACCCUCUCACCUGCUUACAACUCCUGCAGAUAAUAUUGUAGUUACAGAUUUAUUCAUUUCUACACUACACAUAUUGAACUCUGAAGGAAAAUUUAUUGGACAUUACAAUCUUCAUGACAUUGGAAUUAUAUAUCCAUGUAGACUCACUUUGUCUACAGAAGGACAUAUGUAUAUAGGAUGUUCAAAUAAAAAGGACAGCCCAGAAACUUUAAAAGCUAAAAUUUAUGAGUUGGAAUAUUCCGGAUUCUAG